GACUACGACAUGUGCUUGGGAUGCUAUCGCGACGUGACGGGUGGUGACGUCCCGACUGUGAUAGAGGAUGUAGAUGCUUUCGCCCAGCGGCGAGUUGAGGUGGUCUCGCGCGGGGAAGGCAAUCAGUCCGACCCACAGGUCGAGCGGGACAGCUGGGAUGAGCAGCGCCUUCGGGCGCUUUGCGCACGGCACGGCUGGGAUUUCGAGUGGAUGACGGAGGACGGCGAGCGGCGGCGGCGUGCCGACGAGCGCCUGACGGAGUGGAAGCUCGAGGAGUCCAUGGCCGCCUUUUUGGAGGAGGAUGCAGAGGAGCCCGAUCAGCAAGCCACCAAAGCCGUUGUUGAGGAGGUCGCCGAGCCUCCCAAGUUGCUGCGGGUUGCCUCCUGA